AUGCCUCGAGCAAAAGUAGACCCUCGCUUCCGCCGGCGAGUCGCCCACGCCUGCGAGAGCUGCAAGAAGCGCAAGGCCAAGUGUGACGGCAUCUUGCCCUGCGACCAGUGUAAGACGCGCUGCGUGGAAGACUCAUGUCGGUACUCACGAGACCCUCGUCCGACGUCGCGGGACGGCAGCGAAAAGACGAUUGACAGCGGAGGUCGAACGCGAGGACAGGUCAGAGUUGAUCUGGGUGAGCCCAGAGGCAGUCCGUCGUCAAUUCGGCCUCGACACAAACAACUCGAUGUUCCCGUCUCGGGCUCGGCCCCAUCCUCGGCUGAGUCGCAGAUGCUCAAAGACAGCAAAGGGAAAUUCAUUCCUCUUUGGACCGGCAGUCUUGCUGACCCAUUCGACACAGUAUAUGCCGGCGAAUCAGCCUCUCUCUCCUUCAUGGAGACAGUCAAGCACGCCGUGCAGAUCGCAGUCGGGCCAUGUGCAUUCACGAACGAUCCCGGCCGAAGCCCAAUGGUCGAGAAUAGCCCCAGGAUCCGCUUCGACACAGCCAAAAAGCCAUCACUGGACGUCUGCACCGCGCAAAGCCUUGCAAGCCAAUUCUUCCUUUCCGUGAGCGGCGCGAUGGAUCUCUUCGACCCCCCGUGGCUCAAGGACCAAGUGCAAGCCCAUAUUGAGCAGCCAAGUGAAACCCCCAAGUCCACAUGUGCGAUCAUCUACCUAGCUCUUGGAAUUGGGGCACAGGGCAGGGCCCAGGGCGAAGUGGAUGAUGAGCUGGCAGAGGAGUGCUUCGCGUAUGGUCGUCAACUCACAAUGUUCCACCUGCUGGACGAUCCAGGCCUACCCACGAUCCAGGCCAUCCUACAGAUGACAUACUUCAUGAUUGCUUCAUGCCAAUACAAUGCUGCCUUUAUCAACUUGGGGAUAGCCGUCCGAGCAGCAUACACACUGGGCAUCCACCUCCACGAAACCAACACGGCCUUUGGGGGCGAAGAGGGUUUACUUCGAGAGCGCGCGUGGAAGUCGCUACGGGUCUGUGAUUUAUUCCUGGCUUCCUCAUUAGGGAGACCGCCGGCGACGUCCGAGUCUGUCUCUAACAUUGCCAUGACACCGAUCAAGUCACUCCCUGACUACGAGAGUCCCGGCGUUGCUGGCCAGGUCUUCUCUGCCAUGUUCCGCAUCUGCAACGUCUUUGAGAGGAUACUGGUCGAGGUGUAUGCGGAAAAGGCCGUUAGUCUCGAAUUGGCCAAGAGCAUCUCGAGGCAGCACCGGCAAUGGACAGAGGAGCUGCCCCAGAUGCUCAUGGUAGAUGGCUUGGAGUAUGCUGACUCAAAGAGCUCUGGCCUGUCGCCGCGCAGUUUUGGGCUGGAGCUCAAGCACGGCUCCAGCCUUGUGACAAUGGCAUAUUAUUAUUCUAUUGUGUUACUCACACGGCCGUUUUUGACUUUUCAAGUUUACCACACGUCAAGCAAGGAGAUCCAUGAAGAUAGCUCCUCGGCCAGGGCAUCUAUCGCGACCUACGCCGAUGCUUGUGUAAACUCGGCCAUCAAAGGCAUCGACAUUGCAUACGAGUAUGUCUUUGAGCUGAACACUCCCAAGCGACAGCCACAUGUCAUCAACAGUGUCUUCAUAUCAGUUCUAUGCCUUGGACUGGCAUGUCUAGACUCGUCAAUUCGCCACAAAUGGCCAACGGAUGAUGCCAUGGAUCGGGCUAUCAAGAUUCUGGCUCAUCUAGGGAAGCACAGUACUCAAGCCUCUCGAUAUGCCACCAUCUGCGGCCAGUUAAAGGAAGCGGCUCUCAUAUACACCACCAGAAGGGCUGAUACAUUACUUGAAGAAAACAAUCAGAAGACACGGACCAUAUUUGGAGAUAUACGGGCGCCAUCCAAGAAUCACGAUGCUGGUGAAGACACGAUCAACAGCAUCACCUCUCCGCAACGGUCCAGCUGGAGCCUGCCGACAGACGAGGGCAUCGGCCAGCCAAUGACACCUCACUCGUUUGACUUUAGCACAAUGCAAGACGAGUUCAUGCUACCAACGUCAGGUGUUUUGCCUGCACAGAUUCUUUCUCAUGGCUACGAGCAUUUCGACGCGGACGUGGGUGCAGCACAUCAUUCUCUCAUUGAUAACAUUGAUUCGUCUGGUUAUUUGCUUGAACAUGGUGUUCCGUUAUUCCCCGUAACAAGCUAUGUUUCCCCCGAGUCUUAUUUUGCUCAAGGUAGCCUUGGAGAGAGGUCUCUUGAGUCCGCAGGGAUGUAG